GUCCUGCAUUUUGCUUUAGCUACCCCAGACUAACACGGCUACAUUUCUAUCACUAUUCUACGUGUGAUUAUACUUUGAACCUUCUCUUCUUACUGUCUCCAUUUAAAUCUAAACAAUUCUGCAGUACUAGAUCUCACAAAUAGUUCCUGGGAACGGCUGAGCACUGUCCCAUAACAAAGCCACAAACACUAGAAAGUUUUCCUUGGUAUGUUACAACUCCUCAAUCAUUGUUUGCUUUAAUAGCAAACAAGAUGGAUGCUCAUCCUUUGGCAUAGGGAACAAAUGGAUAAUGUAUUCAUUGUUAGAAUUUGAACCAGGUAACUUACUGCACUACCGAUAUGAUUCAAUUAUUCACAUGGAUGUUUGUUUUGGUAUUUCCCCCACUUUUGUAAUCAGCAAUUUAAUUGGGUUUCUUUGAUCAUUCUAGAGGUGUGUUUGAUGCUUCUCUCAAAAUGGCUGGGUUCUAUGGACUGUACACCUGGCUGACUCACACCAUAUUUGGAAUUAAUAUUGUCUUCAUACCAUCAGCAUUGGCAGCAAUCCUUGGAGCUGUUCCAUUCCUGGGAACAUACUGGGCAGCUGUACCUGCAAUUCUAGAUCUGUGGCUCACCCAAGGAGAAGGAUGCAAAGCCAUUUUGCUUUUGGUUUUUCACCUGUUGCCAACAUACUUUGUAGACACAGCAAUCUACUCGGAUAUAUCAGGAGGUGGCCAUCCCUACCUGACAGGCCUUGCAGUAGCUGGUGGAGCAUAUUACCUUGGAUUGGAAGGAGCGAUCAUAGGACCCAUACUUCUUUGUAUUCUGGUGGUUGCCUCUAACAUAUACAGUGCCAUGUUAGUGAGUCCAACAAAUUCAGUUCCUACCCCAUCACAAACUUCAUGGCCUUUGCAGAUAUACCAGACAUCUAGAGAGAAUCCCGAGGAGAUGAAAAUAGCCACUGAGUGAUAUUUAUGCUAUCUUGCACCUCAUCAGCAUGAAGUUGUCAUUCUCUUCUACCUGGAUUGAGUUCAGAACAGUCAUGGCCUUCUGUCCCUUUUUCACCUGUGCCUAGUUACAACUCACGGUGAAGCACAAUUAAAAAAACAAAGCAAAACCCAUCUGCUGGCCUUAUAUUAGUAAGCACUUUGCCUUUGCAAGAGAGACUGUCUGCUUCCCAUCACUUUGCAUAUUAACACAUAGACUUAAAGUUCAGAUGCCUUGUUUAUAGAAUUUUUCUUCAUAAAAAUGAAGGACAAGUAAUAUCCACUGAGUCAAGGAUACCAUCUGCUGAAAUGACUACCUUGGCUUUUAUUUCUUUGGAAGUUAGCAUUAUUAGAUUUUUUUUGUAAUUUUAUACAAGCUAACCCCCAAGUCUUUUGUUGCUGGAAUAUUUAGUUGAUCUAAGGGUAUAUUUACCCGUGGAGAUGCUAAAACUUUUAAAGGUAUGAAGCAUCGGCUGUUAAAAGAAAAUGUAGUGUAAUUAUCACCUGUUUCUUUGAGAGGUGUGACAGUCUCCAUUCAAUAAAUAACAUGAAACUUACUUUAUGUAUACACUAACCGUGUUCUUGCUGUAAGGGAGUGGUAGUUCCAAGUGUGGGUUAUUCUCAUGUGGAAUAGGAGUAUUUGUGAAAACAAUUUAAUCCUUGGGUUCACUUUUGCAGUUAAACUUAGUAUUCUAUUGUUUUAGUUUACUGAUGAAACUUAAUGCAUCUAAGAUGAUAUACCUGAAGUCCCAAUGGAUUUUGGCCAAAUUUAACCAAAGAACUUAAAUAUUUCCAGGCAGAUGAUGCUGAAUGAUUGUGUUCACACUAUUUUUUUAAUUCCCAUUUAUUGGGAAUGUAAUGAGAUGGUGGGGAGAGCGGAAAAGUGCAGGAUGGACAGACCUCAAAUUCCUAAAAUUUAUUUUGUACUGAGCACCAAAUUCAAGUACAUUAGAACUAUUUUCCUGAUCUGCUGUCCUUACAUUACAGUUUUAGUGGCACUGAGGCUUCCCAUGCCUUGGUUAUUGAUGCAGGUUUGGAAUAGUGGUUUAUUAGCAUCAAAAAAGUAAUUUAAAUUAUUUUUUGUGUAAGUUCUUAAAUUCAAAAGACAGAUACAGUUUGUAAUACCAGAGCAAAACCAUUUAAUUCCUGAUAGAUUGUACCUUGAAUUUAUGGCAGGGUUUCUUUUCUGAUUUAUACAAAAUACAGGCCAUAUCAUGCACUUCAUCUCUCCUUGCAUUAUAAAACAGCGAUAGUGCAAAUCUUUCCAUAUAUUAGACCCUGGAAUCUGGUUCAACCCAAGAGUGAGAGGUUGUUAUAGAUCACUAUUGGGUAUUUGAUAUGACAUUGCAUGUAUUUAUAUAUAAUAUUUCUAAGACUGAAUUUUAGUUUUCCAUCUAAACAGUGCUCUAAAGCAGUCUAAUGUGUUUAGUACUUAGAGAAGUACUGAUGUAGACUUGUCAAUAAACUAAUGAGCACUAUGCAUUCAGAUAUUUAAAGAAGAUAACUUUGAGAAGUAGUCAAAAAUAGUGCCUGCAGUUUUUUACAUGAAACUUCUUAUGUAUAAAUACAGGGUUAUUACACUUAAAACCACAGGAACAAAUUUGGAGGCUAGAAUGACACCCUUUCAUAAAUUUUGCAGGAAGGCUUUGACUUAAACUUGCUAACUCAAGGUACAGUGUGUAUUUUUGAAGGAAGUGAUGGCUUUAACUUAGAAUUUCCUUGCUUUUGUGAAAUAAAAUUAGAGCCUUUACAUUAUUUGACAUUUUGUUUCAUAAAUGACACAGAAAAAGUCAGGAUUUCACUAAGAGUAUUAGUAUUCCUGUAGUACACAGGCUAGUAUAUGAAUGAUAGAAAAUAAUUGCUUUUGGGAAAUUGCUACAUUUGGUUAUAUUAGUUUAUUCUAUUGUGCUGAGCAACCUUAUGAAUCUGUUUUGAUUUAUCAAGUCAUUGGGUACCCAGGCAGCUUUUGAAGAGGGUUGUCACUUGAGAGAAGAAUGCAUGCAACUAUCAAGAAUCCUUAAGCUUCAAUAAUACUUACACUUUUCCCUUGCUGCUUUUUUGUCACUAUUAAAGAUUGUGUUUUCUACAUUAGACAGCAUGUUCAUUUGUAACCUGAUCUUCCAUAUUCCUGGGUUACUGAACUUGUGAUGUCAAUUAUUUCCAUAUUAUCAGACUUAUGUAAAUGUAUACCUUCCUUGACUAUCUAGUAUGUGACUCAUUGUUAGUCUGUUAGUGUAAAAAAAAAUUGUUACUAGUAACUAAUAGCCUGCACAUUUUCACUUUUAAUAAAUCCGUUUUCAUAUAUGAAAACAUACAAAAUUGGAAAUAUUUUUAAAGUCAGCUUUCCAGCAACUUAAAAAUUAUUUUAUCCAUGCUGUUCUUUAAAAAGCAAGAGAGAGAG